GCGUUGAUCAAGACCUCGGCCGACCUGGUCUACGUCGUCUGCAUCGGGGUGCUGCUUGCCCACGUGGAGAACAUCAGCGCCGAGCUGCUCCUCGACAGAGAGGUGAGACAGCUGGAGCAGCAGAGGCAGGAGGUGGACCGCAUCAAGUCGGAGAUGGAGGACUUCUGGGGGAACGUGCAGCAGCUGAUGGACCUCUGGCUGUACCGGACCAUACCGCGGCUUGACCUCAUGAAGGAGGUGCACCACCACCUGGAGGACUGCCCGCCCGCAGCAUGGCUAGCAAAUCUGAGGCACGUCAACAGGUCGCUGGAGAACCUGGAGACCGCCGCUGGGCACAUCGAGGACUGGCAGCACGCGUCGCGCGACGCGGGCCAGCAGGAGGAGCUGCGCAGCGCGGAGAAGCUCUUCGCGGGGCGGGUCAACUCGAUCAUCCGCGUGGCCAACACGAGGCAGAGCCUCGGCACCCUGGUGUCGCUCCUGAACGACUCCAUCGGCAGGGUGGUGUGCCUCAAGGUCACCGUCCGGGGUGCCCGCGACCUGCCUUGCAGGACUGGCCUGCGGUGCGAGUGCGAGGUGGCGGGCAAGCCCGAGGCCGUCGUCCAGACGCAGCCGCACGAGGCCCUGACCACGGCCCCCGCGUGGUUUUUCUCCGCCGACCUGCCCGGGUACAGCGCGGGGGACUCGGUCAGCUUCAGAGUCAUGCAGCCGGUGCUGCAGCCAGACGACCCGCCCUGCGUGGGGAAGGCCAUCCUCUCGAACGCCUGCUUCCGGGGCAGGACCUACGACGGCGAGCUGCCCUUGAGCGAGGUGCCCAAGGGCAUGGCGGCGUACCUCCAGGUGUGCGUGUCGGAGGCCGUCCAGGUGGAGGUCUCCAUUGAGGCCGCGGAGGGACUCAGGUUGCCCGCCACGUCGCUGGCUUGCGGCACCUACUGCACUUGCGCGCUGCGAGGGGCGCCAGAGUCCAGGCUGCAGACGGGCUCAAUCGACGGCACCCCGUCGCCGCAGUGGAGCUUCUGUGGCCGCUCCGGCUUCGCGGUGGAGGGUGACGUCCUCGAGUUCGAGGUGCGGGCCGCGAGCGCGGCCGCCGGCGACGCCCGCCGAGCGCAGGCGGACACCGUGCUCGGCAGAGCCGCGCUGCGGCUGUGCCUCGACCACCUGUCUGGCGACAGGCCGGCCGAGUCCCUGCCGCUGGUGGCCGACUGGCCCGAGGAGCCCGCGCCGACCCUGCGGGUGCGGGUGGCCCCCGCGGAGGGGCUGCGGGCGCUGGGCCGCCCGGGCGCGCGGGGCGGCGCCGGGGCCGCGGCGCGGGCGCUCCGCGCCGAGGCCGAGGCGCCGCGCGGGUCCGCGUUCCGGGCCGUGGAGAUGCAGCUGCUGGGCGCCGCGCCUCGGGAGGCGCCGCACG